GGCGGAGGAGGAGGAGGAGGAGGAGGAGGAGGAAGAGGAGGAAGAAGAAGAAGUAAUUGGUGGUUUAAUCAACUCUGAUGGAGAAGUGGUUGAAUGGGACGCCAGAGGCGGUCCGGACCGAGGCUCUGAUUGCAGAGAAAGCCAUCGGACGAGCAAGGGUGUCGUCCUGCCCGAGUCUCAGCUGAGAGGCCAAAACCAGAGAGGCGGCGGUAGUCCGACGCUCGUCAUGGAGGUUGUGUCUCUGGGGGAGGAUGAAGAAAGGGAAGGAGGGGAGGAGAAAGCGAGAGUAGUAAAGAUGGCAGCGGCCCCGCCCGUAUAUCGUGGGAAGAGACACAGAAGAAGGAAGACGCUUCCGGAAGUAACGGUGGUGUCGUUGGACGCCUCCGACACGGAGAAAGAAGUUCCUCCCGUAAAACGAAGGGGCAGGAGGAAGAUUCCCAAAGCUCCGGCGUCGUCCGCCGAAGACCUCGAGGAGGAGCCGGGAAUAUCGAGGCGCACCCGGAGAAAGAUCAAUUUCCCCGCCAUCGUUGAAUCGGAAGAAUUGAACUCCAAGAAUGUCCGCCGGGCCGCCGUAAAGCGACCUUACAGAAGAAGAAAAGACACCAAACUAUCUGCUGACGGAGAAGGAAAGAACCCGAGUGUUUCAGCUGGUAAGAAGCGCCCCGGCAGAAAGAUGGUCCGUGCUCCAAUAGAGAUCCCUCCUGAGCUCCUGAAGCAGCCCAAAGAGAAGAUGGAGUACCACUGCUCCGCCUGUGGCAAAGAAUUCCCUCACGCCUACAAGCUGGAGAGGCACGGGCUGAUCCACACGGGAGAGAAACCUUACUGCUGCUCCAUCUGUGCCCGGGGUUUCAACCAGAAGGGGAAUCUCAAAACGCACUACAAGGUCCACUUAGGUCGAAAGGGCGCCGUGGACUUUGACGACGAGGUGAACCCCAUCGCGUCGGAACUCUCCGAAUACUUGAAGUCUCUGCCGGGGGAGUCCAGGAUCAAAUCCUCCCUCCGUUGCCCGGAGUGCGGACACGAAUGCGAGACUCCUUCCGCUCUGCAGGCGCACCACGUCGCGGCGCACCACGUCGCGGCGCACGCCGACGCGGACGCGGCCGGGGAGUCGGACGCCGGCGAGCGCGACGUGUCGCGGCUCCUCUUCUGCCGCCGCUGCGGCGUUCGGUUCGGCGAGAAAGCCGAGCUGGAGGAGCACAUGAAGACCCACGUCAAGGCGAAGCUCUACUCGUGUCCCGACUGCGGCAAGAAGUUCAUCAACGAAAGCUACAUACAGAUCCACCAGCGCAUCCACACCGGGGAGAAACCGUUCCUCUGCUCCCAGUGCGGCCGGGGUUUCCACACGGCCUCCUCGCUCAAGCUGCACGAGAUGCAGCACUCCGGGGAGCGGCCGUUCGCCUGCUCCAUCUGCGGCAAGACGUUUCGGAUAAACUCGUACCUCACGGCGCAUUACCAGACACACAUCAAAGACAGGCCCUUCACCUGCAGCGUCUGCGGGAAGGGCUACUCCCGAGCGGAGGAACUGAAGGUGCACCACAGGCUCCACACUGGAGAGAGACCCUACGAGUGCAGAGAGUGCGGGAAGAGCUUCAUUUACCGCCAGGGUCUGCGGCAGCAUCAGCGCACGCACGCCGGGAAACGCAUCGGACCGACCAGACAGCUCGGCAGACCGAAGCAACACGCCAGGCUGGACAUCAUGGGCUCUGAGAACCCGGAGGACUUGGGACCCGCCGCGAUCCCCGCAGAGGAGGAACCGCAAGAAAUCGGAGGCCUGAUCAACUCCGACGGAGAAGAAGUGGAUUUCUCAGAUCUCAGAGAGAGCGCCAUCCCCGGCGCCGUGCCUGCGGAGACCCCCUCCAAGACGUCCGACCAGAGCGAGAAUGAAAAACCGCCGGCUCUUCACAGUUGCUCCGUGUGCGGCAAAGACUUCCCUUACGCCUCCAAACUCCAGCGCCACCUGCGCACUCACUCGGGGGAGAGGCCCUUCCCCUGCGCCAUGUGCGAGAAGAGGUUUCCCGAGAAGGGGCUGCUCAUGAUCCACGAGAGGACCCACACAGGGGAGAAGCCGUUCCCGUGCACCUUCUGCGAGAAGCGCUUCGCCAGCCAGGGCGAGCUGCGGCUGCACCGGCGGACGCACACCGGGGAGAGGCCGUACCACUGCUCCAUCUGCCUGAAGAGCUUCUCCCGACACUGGCACCUGAAGACGCACCUGGAGGCCAUGCACUCCGAGGUCGUCGCGGGCUUCACGAGGAAGAAGUUCCCGUGUUCGGACUGCGAGAAGAGCUGCAACUCGGCGGCGGAGCUGAGGGACCACCAGAGGACGCACACCGGGGAGCGGCCCUACCAGUGCUCCUUCUGCGACAAGCGCUUCGCCCUGUCGGGGACGCUGGUGAGGCACGAGCGCCUCCACACCGGCAUCACGCCCUACCACUGCUCCGACUGCGGCAAGACGUUCGCGCAGCAGUGGACGCUGACGACGCACAUGCGGACGCACACGGGGGAAAAACCCUACAGCUGCACGCAGUGCGACAAGUCGUUCGUGGCUCCCGGGGAGCUCCGCCGGCACACCAGGAUCCACACGGGGGAAAAGCCGUACACGUGCAAGGACUGCGGGCGCCACUUCUCCCUGGCGGGAACACUCCAGAACCACAAGCGGUCGUGCACGCAGAGCAAGAACGGAGCGGCGCCGGUCGCCGCCGUCUCGGAGCCGGUUCCAGCUGCAGCCGGUGAAACGUCGCAGCCCGACCUCGUCAACGGCGUCAGCUCUGAGGUGUCGGUUGAGCCCCGAUCCUCAGAGGGUCUCGACUCCGACGAAGCCGCUCGGGGUGAAAAUAACCCGCAGGAAGCAGAAGAGCGACCGGAGGCCGUCGUUUCCAGCCCACACGUGAAUGUAAUAGUGAAAGAGGAGGAAGAGGAGGAACCGGUGUGCGAAGAAGAAGAAGUUUCCGACCAGGCGUCCGGCGGUGAGGAUUGCACCAUGCAGGAGGAACCUGAGGAGCAGCGGCAGGAGAGCAACGCGGACAUUAGGAUAACGGUGAAGGAGGAAGAAGAUGACCUCCUAAACAUGUCUGGAGAGGAUGCCGAUCGAGUGUCUGAUAGCGAUAAAGAGAGUCCUCCGGCCUCCCCGGGGCAGGAGCAGCGUGACGGCGGUCUGUCAAAGAGCUCGUACUGCUGCGGGCUCUGCGGAAGAGACUGCCACAAGAUGUCCGCCCUUCAGAUCCACAUGCGGAUCCACUCGGGGGAGAAACCCUACCAGUGCUCUGUGUGCGGCAAGCAGUUCACGCAGAAAGGUCAGCUCAAAGGUCACCAGAAGGUCCACACGGGGGAGAAGCCGUUCUCCUGCCCGGACUGCGGGAAGAGCUUCGCCCACUCGGGCGCCAUGAACCGACACCGGCUCACGCACACGGGGGAGAGGCCCUACCACUGCUCCGUGUGCGAGAGGAGCUUCAACCAGUCCGGACGCUUGCGGGAGCACGAGAAAAUCCACUUCGGGGAGAAAUUUGACUGUCCCGACUGCGAAAAGAGCUUCACGCGAGCGUCGAGCCUCAAGAACCACUUCAGGCUGCACACGGGCGAGAGGCCGUACAGCUGCGACGUCUGCGGGAGAGGCUUCAGCCGCUCGCAGAGCCUGCGCCUCCACAAGAGGAAGCACGAGUCGGCGUUCGGCGCGAGGAGCGACGAUUUAUCACAAAGUGACGAUAACUCCCCGAUUAACAUGUGCAUAGCGGACAAAAAUGAAUGAUGAUAAAUGUAUAUGAACCGUAGAGAACAGUAGUCGUAUAUAACUGAAAGAUGAGACUACCUCUGUGAAGAGGCCGUCAUUAAAACUCUCCAAAAGAAGUAUUGAAGCUAAAAUAUUGAACUCCCUGAAAUUGAUAAACCAAUAUGUGUCAAAGGGUGUUCAGCAACUAACAAAACUUAGGUCAAAUCUUAGGAAACUGUUCAGGCGUUAGUUGAACUUACACGUUUAAAGUAUUUAUUGUAGUACAAGUGGCUCACUUGAGGUCUGGGAUUUCACAUUUUUCCAUGCAGUAUUUGUCCUUCAACACUAAUUGUGUACGUGGAAAUUGGAUUCAAGAGUAAAUAUAUUGUUCGGGUGAAACUGGAAUUCAUUCUUUGUGUCUGAGCUACUGAAAUGUCCGAAAUGUUUUAGCCAGUAAUGAAGCAAAAGGAUUAUUAUUACUCAUCAGGGUCUUUUUUUUAUUGUUUUUAUGGCCAAGACCAUUUUUGCCUUAGUGGUGAUAAAUAUUUUAUCUCUGUUUAUGUUCUUCACAACCAAAUCAUUAAAGGAGGUUCACCUGGUUUGGACAACUCUUAAAAUGGCCGACAACUAUUGUGAAUAAAAGAAUCGUCCUCAAAAGGCCGUGAUGGAAAAAGUGCUGCCGCUGUCUGAUUGUAUGGGACGUGUCAUGUUCAAUAAAAGUACACUAAAUGCUUAAAACUGGCAUUAGGUGCAAAUAUAUGUACACAAAUGAAUAUCGGCCGCGGGGGCUUUUGCUGAGCAGAGCCUGAACGCGUCAUAAUGUGACACUAUGAUGAGGAUCCGUCAGGUUUUACAGUCUUUUUAUUCAAACAGCCGUCAAGAUAAUAUCCUGUAUGAAGUCCGUCAGUCAGCCACCCUUCAAGGUAGUUGGAACAGGAGAGAGGAAACAGUGUUGACACGGUUCGGGUUGGGCCGAACAUGAUAGAGAAACCACCAGGCGGGUUCUGUUAAACCCUUCUAGAGCUGUAAUGGUGACAGGCCGCUUGGUCCUUUUUCUCUUUUUAAAAAAAAAAUCAAUAAAUGUGUCAGAAAAUGUC